CCCGCAGCCCGGAACCCGCUCUGGCGGCCCGAGGUCUCCGGGAAGAAACCCAGUGCAGUCACGGGUCUCCGUCCUCCAUGGCCGCCGCGCUAUUCGCCCGGGCCUGCGGCCCCGUCCGCGGAGCUCUCCGGCCUCGGGACUGGCGUUGCUUACAUACCAUCUACCAGUCUGUGGAACUGCCUGAGACACACCAGAUGCUUCGUCAGACGUGCCGGGACUUUGCUGAGAAGGAGCUCUUUCCCAUUGCGGCCCAGGUGGACAAGGAACAUCGCUUCCCGGCGGCUCAGGUGAAGAAGAUGGGUGAGCUGGGGCUCAUGGCCAUGGAUGUGCCCGAGGAGUUUGGCGGUGCCGGCCUCGAUUACCUGGCCUACGCCAUCGCCAUGGAGGAGAUCAGCCGGGGCUGCGCCUCCACUGGAGUCAUCAUGAGCGUCAACAACUCCCUCUACUUGGGGCCUAUCCUGAAGUUUGGCUCCAAGGAGCAGAAGAAGCAGUGGGUCACUCCUUUCACCAGCGGCGACAAAAUUGGCUGCUUUGCCCUCAGUGAACCAGGGAACGGCAGCGACGCGGGGGCCGCCGCCACCACUGCCUGGGCAGACGGUGACUCGUGGGUCCUGAGUGGCACCAAAGCCUGGAUCACCAACUCCUGGGAGGCCUCGGCCGCUGUGGUCUUCGCCAGCACGGACAGAUCCUUGCAGAACAAGGGCAUCAGUGCCUUCCUGGUUCCCAUGCCAACGCCUGGGCUCACGCUAGGGAAGAAGGAAGACAAGCUGGGCAUCCGGGCCUCAUCCACUGCCAACCUCAUCUUCGAGGACUGUCGCAUCCCCAAGGACAACCUGCUGGGGGAACCGGGGAUGGGCUUCAAGAUUGCCAUGCAAACCCUGGACAUGGGCCGCGUCGGCAUCGCCUCCCAGGCCCUGGGCAUCGCCCAGGCUGCCCUCGACUGUGCUGUGAACUACGCCGAGAACCGCACGGCCUUCGGGGCGCCCCUCACCAAGCUGCAGGUCAUCCAGUUCAAGUUGGCGGACAUGGCCCUGGCCCUGGAGAGUGCCCGGCUGCUGACCUGGCGUGCUGCGGUGCUGAAGGAUAACAAGAGGCCUUUCAUCAAGGAGGCGGCAAUGGCCAAGCUGGCUGCCUCGGAGGCCGCAACUGCCGUUACCCACCAGGCCAUGCAGAUCCUGGGUGGCAUGGGCUACGUGACAGAGAUGCCAGCCGAGCGGCACUACCGUGACGCUCGCAUCACUGAGAUUUAUGAAGGCACCAGUGAGAUCCAGAGGCUGGUGAUCGCCGGGCACCUGCUCAGGAGCUACCGGAGCUGAACCCUCGUGUGACAAUCUCUAGGUCCAUCCAUGUUGCUGCAAAUGUAUAACAGUUGAUUUAAAAAUCUUGAGUGUUGGGCUUUCCUGGUUGCACAGUGAUUAAGAAUCCGCCUGCCAACACGGGACACGCGUUCGAGCCCUGGUCCAGGAAGAUCCCACAUGCCACAGAACAACUAAGCCCGUGCGCCACAACUACUGAGUCUGUGCUCUAGAGCCCGCGUGCCACAACUACUGAAGCCUGCAUGCCGAGAGCCCGUGCUCCGCAACAAGAGAAGCCACUGCAAUGAGAAGCCCGCGCACCGCAACGAAGAGUAGCCCCUGCUCGCCGCAACUAGAGAAAGCCCGCACGCAGCAACAAAGACCUGACGCAGCCAACUAAAAAAAAACUUUUGAUUGUUAAUGUUAACAUCUGGAUCAUCUCAAAGUCAGUUUUCAUUAAUUGCUUUUUCUCUCGUGUAUUGAUCAUUCUCUUGCUUUUUUGUAUGUACAGUAAUUUUGAAUUACAUCCUGUAUAUUUUGUUAAUAAUACACUGUAGAAAUUCUGCUGAUGAAUAUUUUUCAAGUAGGCAGUUAACCUGGCUGAACUCAGACUUAAAACUUGGGUUCCUCUUUGGUGAGCAGCAGCUGAUACGUCUCUUUAGUUCUUUUAGCUGGCUGCUUGGAGUCUAUAUUUAGGGAUCAUAGAGUUGGGCAUGUGGGGCUCCCUCUCGUUUCUGGGAUUUACUCCCUCACAGUGCUGGGAUCAUUGCGAACACUUUUUUUUAUUGAAGCCAGGUUUCUAUAUAAGUUUUAACUACCCCCCAGAGUGCCACUUGGGGCCUGUUAUCAGACAAAAAGCCAUAAAAGUGGGAACUUACCCAGUGCUGUUCAUUUCCAACUGUCAGCUCCCCUCCAGUUUCUCCUCAGUGGUUGCUCUACACUGCCUUAAGGUUGCUUUCUACAUUUUGUUGAGAAUUUAUAGCUGUCAUUUGUGGGAGGGUUGGAUGGAAUAGGAGUUCUUCCAUCAUUAGCAGAAGCAGAACCUUCUCCAUUGCUUUUCAAAAGAUAUUGUCUGUAUUUUAUCUACAUUUUAAAGUUAUUUUUAGCAGGAUUGGUUUGAAUUACAGUCCACCAUUAUUGGAGAUCAGAACAGCAGUUGACAGUUGUUUUCAUUUGUUUUUAUGGUUUGUUGUUUUGUUUUAAUGACAGCGAUGGGGGACUCAUCCUUUUAACACUGAAGCCUGUUUGGUUGUGACUUGCUAGGAGGCAUGGGUCCUCGUCCCUGUGUGAGGCAGUUCCCUACUUCAGUGAGUAGUAGCCCAUGUUGCUACAGCGUUACUGGGAGGGAGGUCUGCACACCCCUCUGGGCAGCAGCUGGGUCACGUAGGGCUCAGGCAACCAAACUCCAGCUCUUCCCUGCUUUCUAAUAGGGUCAGUGGUCCCCCACUUCCAAUAGGAAGCUGUUUGCACAGUCCUUCUCUGUUUACAGAAACUUCCCUGCUUUUGUUUAAGCCAAAAAAAAAAACCUUCUGAAACUACCUUCUGAGAAUGAACUCGGGCUUUGGAGGCAAGAAGACCUGGGGCAAAAUUAGCUGAGCUUGAAACUCCUGGUCUGUGACACUGGUAAUAAAAUCUGCCCUGCCUAUAUUGUAUCAUGAGAUUUUUCAAGUCUGAGAUGACUGACCACCAUUCUGGCCCACAAUGUGGAACAUACACUGGACUUGGGAAGAACAGGGCAGAGGUGGCGGUAACAGUCCUUGUCUCCUCUGGGUAGUGGUUGGAUUGAAAGUGUUUUGGAGUGAGGCACAGGCCACUGAGCCAGCAGUAUUUACUGACCCAGCUGUAUUUUCUGAGG